UGGAACCAAUAGAACAGGACAGAAACGAUAAUCUUCGGAUAACCUCUGGACGCACGAUGUUACCGUAUCUAGCUCUUCUCGUCAUCCUCUCGGCAGCAGGCAGUGUAGAGAGCUCUUGUACUGAAAUAAGUUUGACAAACGAAAACCCCUUAAAUACCGAUGAUGGCGCGUGCUUUUUUAAUGGCAGUACACUUGCAGUGAGAGCCAUAAUUGUGAAGUUUUACCCUGAGUGUAUGAUGUACGAGUGCGUCAGACCCAAUGUGAUCGAGAAGUGUGGAAUUGGGUAUAAUGACGACAAGAACCAAUUGCCAACGUCCGCUGAUUUUCCAGGUACAUGUAAAAAAACAAUUAACAAGGACUGUACCUUCUCCGUGUCCUGUGUGGGCAUACCCCUGGUGUUCAACCCUGACGAAGAACCAUAGUUGUAAAAGUAUACAAUAGUUAUCAGAAAAUUAAAUAACAUAAGUCCUUUUAAUAUUCCUGGGAAACUUUGAUAUACCUUAUUAAGGUUGUCCAUUCUUUUUAUCCAAUGAUACGGAACAAUGUAUACUACAGAAUGAAAUACAACAUGUAUUUUCGCGGGACUCCAUUUUCCUGAUUUCUCAAAAAAUUAUAUAUAUAUAAUUAGGCACAUUAUAUUCUGUUACUUAUACUGAAAUAAUGUAUUUUUAAACACAAUAAAUGU